AUGCAUCCAGAAUUAAGGGAGCAACAAAAAAUGGACGAAACGGCAGGCAUGAUGCUGCUGCUCGCGACCUGGAUACUGACCGCACUGGUCAAGCCCCCCUCGGCGGCGGCGCUGUGGCUGAGCCUGCCGGCGCCGAACGGCACCAAAUGCAUCUGGGAGGAUCUUGACGCCGGCGUCCUCACCUUGGCCGAGUACGCGGUCGCCCGCGAGAACAAGUCCGACGUCACGCCCACCGUCUCCGUCAAGGUGACUUCGCCGUCGGAGAACACCCUUCACCAUCAAGAAAAUAUAACAACAGGCCAGUUUGGAUUCACCGCGAGUGAGCAAGGCACCUACAAACUCUGUUUCACGCUGGACAGUACUGAGAACACGAGCAUUCAAACAGGCGUUAACAUCGACUGGAAGAUCGGUUUCGCUGCGAAGGACUGGGAAGCCAUUGCCAAGAAGGAAAACAUUGAGCUUCUUUGUGGAUUUUCAAAGGGUGUUGAGCUUGGGCUAAGGAAGGCGGUGGUGUAUGCGAAAUUGAUCCAUCAACGCAUGCUGUAUCUGGUCGGCAAGGGAGAAAAAAUGAAGAAUGAUAGUGAGAAGGCGAACUACAGGGUGGCGUUGUUCAGUUUGAUGUCUGUCGCUGUGUGCAUUUUGUCUUCGGCUUUGCAGCUGCGGCACCUAAAGGGGUACUUCCACAAGAAGAGGCUGAUCUAG